UCUUCUUUCUGGUCCGCUCCUCUCUCCCCCUCUCUCUCUCUCUCUUUUCCUUCUCUCUUGUCCCUCCUGGCCGUUCUCUCUAGUCUCUCCCUCUGUCCACAGACCCACCCCUCACAGCCCCAAACCCUAGACCCCUCCUUCUCUAUCCAUCUCUUUCUUCAGUUUUGUCCUCGAGAUUUCCCUUUCAUCCUGUAUUUCCCCCACAAAAUUGAAAGGAAGAUAAAUAAUUAGCCGAAUUGAAAAAGAUUUCCCGAAGGAGAGAAUUGUGGAAAUGGCGACAUCGUCUACCACCAGCACGGUCUAUGUCCACGUCAUCGAAGACGUCAUCAACAAGGUACGCGAUGAGUUCAUCAACAACGGUGGGCCUGGCGAGAGUGUCCUCAAUGAACUCGAAGGACUUUGGGAGAUGAAAAUGAUCCAAGCCGGUGUAAUAUGCGGUCCAAUAGACAGGUCAUCAACUUCUAAGCAAGCAUCCGGUGCUCCUAUUACUCCAGUACAUGACCUUAAUGUACCGUAUGAAGGGACAGAGGAGUAUGAGACUCCCACUGCUGAGAUGCUCUUCCCUCCCACACCACUGCAAACUCCCAUUCAGACACCAUUACCAGGAAGUGCGCAAACACCUUUACCAGGAAAUGUGCCAACGCCAUUACCAGGAAAUGUGCAGACGCCUUUGCCUGGAAGUGUGGACAACUCCUCUAUAUAUAACAUUCCUACUGGACCUACUAGUGAGUAUUCCACCCCUGCAAGCGAUACUGGUGGCAGUACUGAGGCAAAAGCUGGUAGGCCUAGCCAUUACAUGCAACCUCCUUCUCCUUGGAUGAAUCAAAGGCCCCCUCUUGAUGUUAACAUUGCUUAUGUGGAAGGGCGUGAUGAGGCAGAUAAAGGAGCUUCUCAGCAAACCCUGACGCAGGAUUUCUUCAUGAUGUCUUCUGGAAAACGCAAACGUGAAGAUUUUGGCACACAGUAUAAAAAUGGUGAAUUCAUACCCCAGCAGGAUGGAGCUGGGGAUGCUUACUCCGAGGCUUUGCAGGCAAGUCAAGGGAAUGGUUCCCUUGGUAGACAUGACAUAAUUACCAAUGCAAAUAUAUCUAUCAUAUCACAUGUAACAAGGCAGACUUUGAAGAUUUCUCAAGUGGAUGGGCCUAUACCUGAUCCUUAUGACGAUGUUCUUUCAACUCCCAAUAUAUACAAUUAUCAAGGAGUUGUCAAUGAAGACUACAACAUUGCGAACACACCAGCUCCUAAUGACCUACAAGCAAGCACUCCUGCUGUUGCUCCACAAAAUGAUGCUGGAGAUGAUGAUGAAGAUGAGCCACUGAAUGAAGAUGAUGAUGAUGAUGAUUUGGACGAUGUGGAGCAAGGAGAGGAUAUUAACACACACCAUUUGGUUUUGGCUCAAUUUGAUAAGGUUACUCGUACCAAGAGCAGGUGGAAAUGCACACUCAAGGAUGGCAUCAUGCACAUAAACAACAAGGACAUUCUGUUUAAUAAGGCAACAGGAGAGUUUGACUUUUGAUUUUGUUAGAGGAGAUGUGUCAUCAUGAUGCAGCAUUUGCUUUAAAAGAGCAAAUUCUGAGGUGUCAUUGGAUGUUCCAUAACUUCGUUUAAUUGUUAAGUGAGACCGGGGAAGCAGCUGAGACGGUUGGUUUAUUGUCUUCUAAAGACUGGGUUUGGUGGAUGGCCUCCUGUACAUAAAAGAAGAGCUUUUUCAGCCUUAAAACGGAUGGCAGCUUGAAGAGUCUCUUGAAGUUCCAUUUCUCUAGUGAAAUUUGUAAGCCUAUUUAAACUAUUCACGUGGAUAUAAUUUAGGAUUUUCAUUGUUUUUAUAUGCUUUUUUCUUCAGUUUGAGCUUUGAAAGCGACUUUGUGCGUUUAUUCUUGUGUGAGUUGAUUAGCACGUUUGUAUUUUGGGGAAUCAGUUAAAAUGUUGUUCUCUUCGUGUAAUACUAAUGAACGUGAAUUAGUUGUGAUAGUAUUUCGGUUAAUGCAAUGAAGCUCGUAGACUAAUGGAAAAUUUGGAUGGAA